AUGGCCAAAGAUCUUUACAAUUUCUUCGGAGGAUGUAUAAAAAGUUUACAAAAUGCAGCAUCAAAACUAGAAAGUGGUGUAUAUUUUCAUACUAUACGAAAAUCAAAUUUACAAAAUAUAGCACGUCGAAUUGAAAAGAUCAGAUGCCGAACAACUAUUCAAGAACAAACGUUCUUGUUUAAUGUUCUUUAUGUUUUAUCAUAUCAACCUGAAAUAACAAUUGAUGAAUUAAUUGAAAUUGAAAAAGAUGCUACUAUAAGACAAAAAAAAUUUUAG